AUGAAAUACAAUGCAGCUGUUUUUACCGUCUUGGCAGUUUUAGUUGCUAAAAGCAAUAUACAAUGCGUAUCAGUAUUAGGACCGAAGGUUUUAAGGCCCUAUGGAAAUUACAAAGUUUCUAUCGCUGGAGGUGACAAAGCGCAUAAUCUAUACGUGGCUAUAGAGGGCAGGAAGACAACUGGAGAACAGUUCUCACAGGGGCGAGUAGUGCAAGUAGCACCUGCUUCUUCUAGGCUUAUAGAACUCGAUAUCGGUGAUCCAGGGCCUGGGAAAUAUAAAUUAGUUGCUCGGGCGACAUCAGGUCCUCUCUUCGCAUCUUCAGCCCCACUAAUUUAUGAAGCCAGAAGCUUCUGUGUCUUCGUACAGACCGAUAAAGGUGUAUACCAACCAGGUGACACCAUUAACUUCAGAGUAAUCGCUUUGGACAAGUAUCUGUUGCCUCUCUCUGGGACGGUGGAUGUGAGUGUGUUGGAUACCAAGGGCUCACCUGUGAGGCAAUGGGCCUCAGUCAACCUCGAUAAAGGAUUGUUUUCUAAUGAACUUCUGUUAGCCGAUGAACCCGCUUUAGGACAAUGGACUAUACAAGUAGAGGUCAAGGGGCAGAAAUAUUCAAAACAUGUGAUGGUGGCAGACUACGUGCUACCCAAAUUCCAGAUGAAUAUGAAAGUACCAAAGGAGGUUCUAUUUAGCGAGGGAAGAUUUAACAUUAAUGUUACAGCCAGACAUUUUAAUGGCCUGCCAGUAAAAGGUGAAUUAACAAUAUCCGCAUACGCUGUAUUCUUCUCGGGACUACUUCAACCGGUAUUUUCAUCUCCCGCUCGUAAAGUGAUCGAAUUUAACGGUCAAGCGGAUGUCUUGUAUGACCUUAAAACAGACUUAGAUCUGGCUGAAGAUGCGGCUAGACCGUUAGUAGUUGAAGCUGUGAUAGAAGAAAAAAAUACAUUAAUACGACAGAAUGUUUCCACUAGAAUACUUCUUUUGCGAAGACCUUAUAGACUUCAAGUUACUGCUCCUGAAAGGUUUAAGCCUAAGUUACCUUAUAUUAUUCAGAUACAAUUAGUUAAUUCUACUGGUGAGACGUUACCCGUAUCUGAUGAUGUAGUCGUUGAAAGACUUUGGGAUGAUGGUGCACCAGUUAACAAAACAACUAUAAAACUUAACAAGGGUUUUGGAAUUUACACUUACACUCCAGAUGUUGCUCACACAAAUUCUACUCUUAAUUUAGUGAUCAAAUACAAGGAAAUAUCAGAAAGAGUAGUUAACGUCCAGAAGAGCUUGGAGACUGGUGAUCAAUACAUGACUCUGGAACUAUUAACACGAGAUAUGUCUAUCGGUGAUGAGCUGCGUGGGAGAGCCACCUCCACUGAACCUAUGGACCUGGUGCAUUACGCGGUCAUCGGAAGAGGGGACAUUCUUGUUGCUAAAACAUUAGAGUUAAGUCCCCCUCGUACCAGCGUAGAUAUCUCAGUACCGGUAACAAGUGGCAUGUCGCCGGGCUGCUCGCUUAUAGCUUGGAGCCCUCGAUUAACAGGAUCAAUUCUGGCUGCAGCGUUAUUGGUUCCACAGAAAGACUUGAUGCAGCAUAAGGUGUCAGUAACAUCAGUAUCUCCAGGGUCCUCUCUACGUCCUAAUGGGCUGGUUGAGUUCCGAGUGCUCGGUGAGGCGGGAGCUCAGGCUGGUCUACUUGGAGGAGAUCAACACGCCAUUACUAACGGACUCGCUGGAACCAACGGCCUGGGUAGCGGGCUAGACUUACACACGAUCGAACGAGAAGUUGAAAGCUUCAUUGGCAUAAAAAGAUCAUUAUUCAAAAACGAUGACGACAUUCCGAUUUUGGGAUUAGACUUGGGUGGACGUAACUCUACCGAUGUGUUUAGUAAUGCUGGAAUGGUUCUUCUGACAGAUGGUGUUGUUGUAUCAAGUAGUAUGAAGGAUGAAACAGAGAAAAUCGAGACAGGCACCCGUCCACCAACAGCAGGUCCUUACGCCUUCAGUCGAGUUCCUACACCGCCAUCGCCAAGACAAUACUUGACGGAACCACUCUCACCACAUUCAACUUGGAUGUUUACUAAUAUAACUAUUGGUUCCGACGGCGUUGGUACACGAGAGCGUUGGUCCCCAAUAACUCCUGGUGAAUGGUCGGUCGGAGCAUUUGCGAUUCAUCCAACACUGGGUCUUGGUCUUGCGGCACCUCGCAAGUUUAACACCGCCCUUCCCCUCUCCCUAUCAGCCGAACUUCCCGCAAGUCUGCAAAAAGGAGAAACAUUAGCUGUGAUUGUGACUCUAAAAAGUUCUCUUACAGUCGAUACUUCAGUGGAAGUCACAUUCCACAACUCCGAUCAAUACUACGAAUUCGAACCUCUUGAAAAUAAUAUUGACUCGACAAAAAAGAUUGAAUUGUUCCGUCGAGUACGUGUGACCGUGCCAGCCCGAGGGUCUGUAAGCACAGCGUUCCUCGUGAGCGCUCGUCGCGUCGGUGACUCACCCGUCAUUGUGGAAGCCAACGGCAAUGGAGUCUCCGCUUCACUCUUCCGCACCAUUGACGUUCAGGACGGAUAUGUAGAAGAUGUCUGGUCUUGGGCAAUAUUAGACGGUCGUCGUGGUGUGGCUCGCGCUAACGUCACUCUUGAACCAGCAGCCGGGACUAAACUAGGAGCGGUUUCAUUGGAAGCUACUGGAGACUUAUUGGCGAAUGCAUUUAGGGCCAUCAAAUCGCCACCUAUAUCAGCUGCUGACCCUAAUUAUGCUCUGAGACCAUUAGCAAGAGCUUGUGUAUUGUUGGACUAUUUACAAGCCACAGAUCAAGACGAUGAAAUCACAAUAGUAAAGGAGGCUCGAUCACAAGCAGCGACCGGCUACCAACGACUAAUGGCAUUCAGACGACCAGACGGUUCGUUUGUUCAGGAAAUUGGUGAAGAUUCUGAACCUGAUGCUUGGAUGACAGCAUUAUCAGCUCGAUGGCUAAGCCGUUCCUCGCGGUACGUUGAAGUGUCUCCUGAAGCUGCAACCUCCGCGGCACGCUGGCUGGUUGCAGCUCAAAGAAGUGACGGUAGCUGGCAACCUUUGGCGUCACCUGACGACCCACUGGGACGGGAAGCCUUGCCACUCACGGCUCAAGCUUUAUUAGCACUGUUAGAGACUAAGGCAAGCGAUCCGUUGUACAAAAACGCUAUGAAUAAAGCUUUGGAUUACCUAGCCGAUAAAGUGUCUGAGUCUCUUGAAGCGCCGACCCUGGCAUUAGUAGGAGCCGCGCUGGCCGCCGCAAGACAUCCUCGUGCUGCACUAGCUCUGAAAGCUUUGGAAACACAUGCACACAGCGAUGGAGGUGUAAAUCUCUACUGGCCUCGAAAAUUAUCGAAAUCGGAAUUACGGAACCCAUGGCUGAAGGGUAAUUCUCUUGAGGCUUCAACAGCAGCUUGGGGUCUUCGCGCUAUGUUAGCCUCGAGUCUGAUAGAUGAAUCUGUACCUGUUGCAAGAUACCUCAUACAAGCAUUAGGACCUAGAGACCAAGACCCGGAUGUGCUAGACGCUUUGGCGUUAUUUGCCCACAUGAUACGAACGACGACGAAACUGAGAGUAUCUGUAAAUGUUACCGGUUUUGAGGAACCGCGUCAGUUCAACAUCGACAGCGACAAUUCACUGAUCUUACAAACACAACUGGUACGCAAUGCUCGUAAUGCGAGUGCAGUGACCGAGGGUCGGGGUAUGGCUGUAGUGGGUCUAGCUGCUCGUGGCAGUACCAAUGUGACGGGAGCCUGGCCUCGUUACACGCUCGACCCACGUGUGGAUCAAGUAUCUACUAGAGACCGACUUCAACUGUCUGUAUGCAUAGGAUUUGUUCCUGCUGGCAAUGAAACUGAAAGCGGACUGGCUCUUCUAAUUGUACAACUACCAUCAGGAUAUUUGGCUGACAUAAAUACUAUAACAGAGUUAACGUCGGCGCGUCACGUGGUGGGUGCUCGUGUGAUGCUCGGUGGUUCCCGCGUGGUGUCGUGGGUGCGACCUUCAGUGGACGAGCGGUGCGCCACUCUCGGAGCUCCACGCGCUCUACCCGUCGCUAGGCAGAGACCUGGAUACGUUACCAUAAUGGACCUUUAUGACUCUAGUAAGUCACCCGAGCGCGUGUAUUCUACCAGGCUGUCCCUAGUACCGCGUGCGACAUUUGUCGCUCGUGGCCCUCAUGUGAGCGUGCUUGUGGCUCCGCAGCGGAACAGCGUGCAUCCCCCACCACUCCCGCCGCCACACGGAAACCCAACAGUGCAUCUGUCCCGCUCGCACAAACAGUGCUCUGUCUCGCUCUAG